AUGGGUAUGCGCUCUCACUGGCAGGCCAUCGGUUUCCUCGGAGCAUAUGCACUUCUUUGUGUGCUUAUUUUCUACCGCGCUGGUCUGGACAUUGUGAAGACACUCUCGCCACAGGGAUGUCGCAUGUCGUGGAUGUCACCCUCAUACGUGCUUCAGGCCGGCUUGGAUCACAGCUGGACACCUCUCGCGUCCCGCUACUCUCUCUUCCUCUACCGCGAAGUUGGCUGGGAGGGCCCUGGCGAGCUCCGUGGGUCUCCGGUACUCUUCAUUCCCGGCAACGCCGGUUCUUCGCAUCAAGUCCGCUCAAUAGCAUCCUCAGCGACGCGCCAGUAUUUUUCGUCCCCAUAUCAUGUUGAGGCCGCUUUUGAGCACGGUCCUCAGAGGCCGGUCGACUUCUUUGCGCUUGAAUUCAAUGAGGACCUGUCUGCCUUUGACGGUCAUACCCUCGAUGCCGAGACGGCCUAUGCUCGUGCAGCUGUCGACUACAUUCUUUCGCUUUACGAGAAGCCCACCUCCAUCAUCCUCCUGGGACAUUCCAUGGGUGGCACUGUUGCGGUCUCCCUGCUACCGCAUCCCAACGUCUCCGCACUCAUCACGAUGUCCACUGCGCAUACGCUGCCUCCCGCACGACUCGAUCGUCGUAUCGACAGCAUACUCGCAAGCAAUCGAGAGAUCCUACGAGAUGAUUCUACGCCUGUGCUAUCGCUAUGUGGAGGCGCCACUGAUCUGCUUGUACCGGCAGAGUCAUGUAUCUUGCCUGUUCCAGAAGCAGACGACGGCGGUUCAACUUUCUAUCGGCGGACAGUCUUUACCAGUGCACUCGAGGGUGCUUGGACUGGAGUUGGACACAAAGAGAUGGUCUGGUGCCAUCAGGUGCGAUGGCGCGUAGCAAGAGCGGUGAUCGAGUUGGCUGCUGCAGCAGAGCAUUCAACAAAAGUACGCGGGCAAGUGCUGGACAAGUGGCUCAGGGAUGGGCACGCUCCCCCUGCGUCGUUUGUAGACGAUGGUGUCGGCGACCACAGGGACACUAUCGAUCUGAGUGCACUUCGACCAGAAGAAGUGCACUACUCCGACGCGCUCCUCCUUCGGAGACCUACUCAGUCGCACACGUAUCUCCUUCCGAUACCCAAUACGCCCACACAAUCCAAUAGCCUGUUCACUCUAUACUUGUCUCGUGGGUCAAUCGCCCCCAUCUCGCCUCACAAUCCCCUUCCUCUCCGGGUCUCUGUCUACCUCUGCUCCUCGUCUACUCACACUUCGUGUCCGCGGCUCUCACCUACGAUCCUCAAGCUUGUACCGGAACCAGUGCCAGACAAGCCAUUCCCUGCGCCCGAUGAAGGGUCGGACGAAAGCGAGGGUGUAGUCGUGUUCGUCGCGAACGUCCCAAUUGGUACUUCGGAGCAGCAAUCCUAUGUGGCUGUGUUGAUCGAGGACGCAGAUGGGCGGGGCUGGGUUACAGCGGGCUUUGCUGGCGACGAACCGAUUGUGAAAGACGUAGGGAUGUUCGGCUUGAUAUGGGCGGGAUCGAAACUCGACUUCCCAGCGAGUACACUCCGAACGGAAGUAGUCUUCCCGAAGCUGCUUUCCAGUUCGUUAGUAGUGUACAGGCUCAAAUCAUCGUUGAGGGAUGCGGCGACUUGUAAAGAUGCACUCAUGCCCCCUCUGCUCGAGCACACCUCCGACCACUUCGAGACACACUACUUCUCUCUCCUCCAGUCUCAGCCGCACCAAGCCACACUGCUCCACUCGCACGCUUCAGGGCCCUUCGUCUCUACUCCUCUCCACGGCUUCAACCUCAUAGUCUAUACCUCCAACGAUCAGCCAUGCUCAGUGGAGAACCUCUACAUCUCAAUCAACUGGUGGGGCACACUAGGGAGAUGGGGCACGCGAUACGCGCAGGCGGUCAUCGCUUGGGGAGUAGGCAUCGUUGCGCUCGCGCUGCACCAUGCUUGGGGUGCCGGAGAGGGGCCUCGCCCAGUUCCAAAUGUCGCCGAAUCGCUAUCGUACCUGGCUACUCGGUGGCUCCCGAAGAUGCUCGUGUUGAGUGUUGCGGUGUCAUUCAUACCGCUCCCGACUGGGAUGUGGCUUGGGAACGUAGGCGCACCGGUAUUCGCGGGUAUUGCACCUCUGUUACUACUGGUGGUCGUCGGUUUGGCGCUGUCGUGCGGAGCUCGGCGACCGACAAGGUCCAGAGAGAUUAUCAGUGCAAGAAGAAACGCCCUUGUCUCCAUGCUCUUCGUCUUCCUCCUGAUCGUGGUGUUCAUACCAUGGCAGGUCGCCUUCCUGUGCGCAUGGAUCUAUCACUUCUACACCUGCGCGGCCGGCGCGGCUGUCGUCCGUUCGGCAUCCGGAAAACCAAAAGAGCACUCCAUCCCGCUCAUGUCCCGCGAGGAGUCCACCAUCCCACCAUCCCCAGAGCUCGCGUCGCCUAGAUCGUCCCCCAGUUUUAGUUCCUUUGAUGCUCUGGUGUCGGCAUAUAACACGAACAGAUACAUCCUGUUGCUGAUGACAUGGCUGCUGCCCAUCGCUGCACCUGUGCUCGCUGUAUGGGUGCGCACCCUCGCGGGAUCCGGACUACAGGCCGUGUGGGGCGCCGGCUCAGGUUGGGGCUGGAGUUCGGACCGGAACGUACUGGUAGUGGCACCGUGGCUUGUCCUCGUUGAAUGGGCAGGCAUGGGAGGGACUAUGUUCGAGCCUUCACUUAUGCUGUCUCCGAAGCAUGCGAUGCUCGUUCUGGCGCUCGCAGCGUUCUUCGCUGGACCGCGUACGCCUUACUUCGUUCUUGAAGUGGGGAGUGUCAUGAUGAUGUUCGUGUGUGCCUUCGGGAUUGGGCCGCGUUACUGGGGCAGAAGCUGA